ACCAUAGCCACAGCUUUUCAUACACCCACCGUCUCGUCACAUUUCACAAGUCUCGUCAAUCGUCGUCUCUCGCCGAAGCGAAGCAGGUUACCCACCCAGCCGAAGAAGCUUUCGACCGAAGCGUACCAACACCGAGCUAACCGAUGGCCAUGGCACCGACCGCGUCCGCCGUCUCCUUCUCCGCCCGCCCCUCGACGGUCCGGCCACGCGCCGCCUCCGCCUCGGCGGGAGCCGGGCGGGUUCCCGCGGGGGCGCCCCAGGGAGGCAAGUGGUGGGCGCCGCUGGUCGGCUGGUCGGGGAAGGCCGACUACAUCGAGGCCGCGGCGCCGGUGGUGGCCGAGGAGGAGAAGCCCGGGAGGUCCUUCGUUGGCGGCCUGACGGAGGAGAAGGCGCGGCAGCUGCGUGCCCGGAUGUCGGAGACGGAGAGCUUCCACGACGCCAUGUACCACUCCGCCAUCGCCUCCCGCCUCGCCCGCUCCACCUAGGAGGACCAGCCACCAACCAACCAACUCACCGACGCGAAGCCGCUGUACAUAGUGUUUCCUCUCUGGAUCUCCCCGUGGUCGUUGCCGGGAGUCCUUGAUGUUCUAGUCAUGGAGGGAGGGGUGGUCAGAGGAGAGGACGGAGGGGAUCUAGUUUUAGGGUUUGUCCCUUCCCGUCGUCUCCGGCCACCGCGAUGCUCCCCGGUCUUGUUUUGCUUUUGUAAUUAGUACAAGCUCAGACCCAGAUGUUUCGGUUCA